AUGGACUCAACUUCCAAGGAACCUGCUUCAGCUCCCUACGAGUCCGAUCCAUCGGGCGAAACUGAAGGGAAUCCAUCCCAGAAUCCAUCGUCACCAGUUCCACGCGAUAUUCUCGUCGUGGAAGAUGCUGGGAAGCCGCACAAUCCAUGGCCUGCCGCCGACAAAGAAUUGGUGAUGUCUCUUCGCAACGACGGGAUGUCAUUCCGAGACAUCUCUAAACGCUUUACAGAUCGCAGCGCAAGAGGCUGCCGGCUAUUAUACGACAGAGUCCUUGAGACAAUGCAAAAAUUGCGAGAAGAAUGGCCUUGGACUUCGAGUGAGGAGCAGCUCUUGUUUAGCCUCCAUAAAGCUGGCUACCCCCCCAAGAAAGUUGGCGACGAAUUCCCCGAACGGACUGGGCUCGCAGUGAAGGUGGAAUGGGAGUACAUGGAUGCACCGGUCGACUAUGAGGACGACUAUCAAUGGACCGAACUCGAAGAUCAGCAGCUCCAGGACUUCCACAAAGCAGGCAAUGAUUGGAAGUCACUCGCUCGAUUAAUGCCGGGACUACGCCGCACCGCGGGCGACUGCCUCGUUCGGUAUUUACAGACACAAGGUUCUCUACCUUACCCCUGCCCUACUGCCUCAGCGUUCCCGUGGGCGCCGGAAGAGAUAGCAUCCCUGAUCCGUAUGCGCGACCAAGGAAGGGACUGGGUUGAGAUUGCGUCACAACUACCCGACCAUGAUGCAGUGGACUGUCGUAACUACUGGUACAAUAAUCACUGGGACGAUUAUCGGGAGUGGUUCAAGGAUGGUCAAAUCGAUAUGUCGCGUUACGCCAAGUCGUCCAAGAACACGGCCUCAUAG